GUGGCAACCCACAAAUAAUCUUGAUCAGCAAAUAUUUCUCUUUUCUAAUUAUGGCCGCUUCGCUGGUGUUUACAGUGAGAAGGCGUGAGGCGGAGCUGGUGGCUCCAGCGAAACCCACCCCACGCGAAGUGAAGCUACUAUCAGACAUAGAUGACCAAGAUGGCCUGCGUUUCCAAAUUCCGGUGAUACAGUUCUAUCGCUAUGAUCCAUCAAAAGCAGGGAAAGACCCUGUUGAGGUGAUCAGAAAGGCUCUUGCAGAAACACUUGUGUUUUACUAUCCUUUUGCAGGUCGACUUAGGGAAGGACCUGGUCGGAAACUCAUGGUUGACUGUACUGGAGAAGGUGUUAUGUUCAUUGAGGCUGAUGCAGAUGUCACGCUUAAGCAAUUUGGUGAUGCUCUUCAACCUCCCUUUCCAUGCUUGGAGGAGCUUCUUUUCGAUGUUCCUGGUUCUGGAGAUGUCCUUAACUCUCCCUUGCUUCUUAUACAGGUAACACGACUGAAAUGUGGGGGCUUCAUCAUGGCUCUCCGGCUAAACCACACGAUGUGCGAUGCAGCUGGUUUAGUCCAAUUCAUGACUGCGUUGGGUGAAAUGGCUCGUGGAAUGCACGAACCAUCAACCCCACCGGUGUGGAACAGAGAGCUUCUAAAUGCGAGAGACCCACCAAAAGUGACAUGCAGCCACCGUGAAUACGAGCAAGUGGCUGACACAAAGGGAACCAUCAUCCCCUUAGACGACAUGGCCCAUCGCUCUUUCUUCUUUGGUCCCACUGAGUUAGCUGCCAUUCGUAGCCUCAUUCCUCCCAACCAACAAAAAUGCUCUAAUUUUGAAAUCCUCACUGCAUGUCUCUGGCGUUGUCGCACAAUAGCACUGCAGCCAGAGAAAGACGAGGAGGUUCGCAUACUCUGCAUUGUUAACGCGCGUUCCAAAUUUAACCCUCCUUUACCAACAGGUUACUAUGGCAACGCUUUUGCAUUUCCCGUUGCGGUUACCACUGCUGGGAAGCUAUGUGAAAGUCCGUUGGGAUAUGCUCUGGAGUUAGUAAGGAAAGCAAAAGCAGAUGUGACCGAGGAAUACAUGCAUUCACUGGCAGAUUUAAUGGUCAUCAAGGGAAGGCCUCACUUUACUGUGGUGAGGUCUUAUCUUGUGUCAGAUGUAACGCGUGCUGGGUUUGGAGGGGUUGACUGCGGGUGGGGAAACCCUGCUUAUGGAGGACCAGCUAAGGGAGGAGUUGGAGCCAUACCUGGUGUCGCAAGCUUUUACAUCCCCUUCAAAAAUGCUGAAGGAGAGGAAGGUUUAGUGAUUCCAGUUUGUUUACCAUCUGAUGCCAUGGAGAGGUUUGUCAAAGAGUUGGAUGGCAUGCUUAAGAACCAUAUCCAACCUGUUAGGGGUGGUCCAAACUCAGGUUUUAUCAUUUCUUCAUUAUAGUUUGCAUAAUGCAUUUG